AUGCUGACUUGUGAUCAGGCAGCUUUUCUCAAGAACCUCGCCAGCAACCCUUCCAACACAGUGGUCGGUCUCGUGCGCAGUGCCGCCGAUACUGAGGCCAGAAUAGCUGAAUGGCGAACGCCCAACGUCCACAUCCUUCAGGCUGACGUAACCGACUAUGAAUCGUUGAAGAAAGCCGCCGAAGCCACAUCCGCCAUCACAUCCGGCAGCCUCGACUACCUCAUCGCCAAUGCUGCCAUGAUCUCGAGGUGGUCAUCCUUUGACCCUCUGACCGUCCUCGGCAAAGACCCAAAGAAGCUCACCGACGACCUAAAUGACGCCUGGAAUACCAAUGUCCUUGGCAACAUCCACCUCAUCAACCUAUUCAUGCCGCUUGUUCUCAAGGGACGCGUCAAGAAAGUCGUCACAAUCACUUCUGGCAUGGCGGACCAUGAUCUCGCGAUCAAAUACGGCAUUUAUGAGGGUGGUCCGUACUCGAUCAGCAAAGCUGCCAUGAAUAUGGUAACGUCGAAGUACCAGGCAGAGUUUGAGAAGGAUGGCGUAUUGUUUAUGGGCAUAUGUCCUGGUAUGGUCGACACGGGCAUAUAUGCUGACUUGUCAGAGGAAGACACCAAGAAGCUUGAAGUUCAGGGCGCCAAGUUCAUGAAAUAUGCGCCGCACUUCACGGGCCCGGACAACACGGAAGAUUCUGUCAAGGCAAUCUUGGGCGUUGUCGAAAGUAAGAGCUUAGCCAAUGGAGAUGGCGGUGCAUAUGUGUCGCAUUUCGGCAACAAGCAGUGGAUUUAG